AAGAGCCGCAGGCCCCUCUCAUAAAUGAUCUGAAAUCAAUAGAUUAGUUUUCUGUUCAAUUUUUUGUACGAAAAAUGGCGGCGUCUUCAAAAAAAUCGAACGGCCCGGUUUUACCGAUCCGGUCGUGCUUUCAACACUCUCUCUCGCCGCCGUCAGGCCGAUUCUCUUCGGCCGCCGGUAUCGCGGACAAGACGGGGUUCGCUUCGUCGACUAGUUCAAGCUUUUGUUCGUCCCCGGCGAAUGGUUUCAUGAACCGGUCAACAAAUACGGAUUUCUUGCACCGGUCGACUUCUCCGACGCGCGUGAGCCUUCACGGCUUCGCGCCUCUCGCUCCUGUUCCGUCUGUGCGGUUCUCCAUCGGCAGAUCUCUCUCGCCGCACCGGUCAAUGGCGAUUUCGUCGCGUGAUCAGGUGUUCCACAAGCAGAAUGGUGGAAAUACGCUGACGAAUCUCCCGAAGAAGACGUGCUUGUGUGCUCCGACGUCGCAUCCAGGAUCGUUUCGGUGUAGUUUGCACAAGAAGGUGAACAACGUGGCGCAGUCGUCGUACUUCCCCAGCCGGCUGAACGCUCGAAGGUCCGCGAUGACUAAUUCGCUCGUCCGUAUCGGUACUGUGGAAGGAGAUCUGGUGAAGCGAGCUUUGGCUGCUCUGAUUCGACCUUCGUCGCAUCAGCAGAGGCGCCGGUCCGAUUUUCAGCCUAGGCCAAGCCGGCUCUCGAAGAUGUCGAAAUCGGAUGAACAAUGAGUUUUGUAAUUCAUUUUGCAGGUUUAUGAUCUCGGCAGUGCUACGUGAAAAUUUUGCACUCCCGGUGAAGAGUUUUCCGGCGAUUGCGGUUCCGACUGCGGCUAUAUUACUCCGGUGAAACAAAACAGAUGCAAUUUAGGUGUUGACGGGGAUAGUGAAAUUCUUACAUUGUACACAGAAUUUGCAACUAACCGCUUGCAAGUGAAAGGGCAUUAUGAACAAUCAAUAGUAAUCAGAAUCUUAAUCAAUUUUUGUGACAAAAAUAACCAAAAUCACUUGAAUUUUCUAGAGGAAUGAGUUGUGUGUUUGAUAGUGAGCCGCUAUAGCUGACCCGAUCCGACCCGUUUGUUCGUUUUGGUUUGGUCUUAUUUACGUCCAGAACGCCGUUACUGGUUGACAAUUUAUGCCCGUUGUGUACACGUUGUCUUCUCCGACUCGCCGUAAUCCAUGGACGGUUUGACUUUAGGUGAUCUGAUUGUGAAUAAAAAGGAGUAUCUUGAGGACCAAGUCUAUUGGUAGCGGAAUCCAUUAUCGAUAUAUGUAAAGACAAAAAGGAAAUAGAGGACUCGGAAUUUUACAGCAAAAGUGGCCAUAAACAAAGUAUAUUGUGACAAGUGGAAUAUAUUAAAAAGGUAAUCAAGGAAUAAAGAAAAGAGGUCCAAUAUAUUAGAGGAUUGUGGAGGAAUACUGGCCACCACUUGAAAAUCAAAUGGGAAGGCAGCAAUUGGUGGACGUUAAUAAAAAGAUAUGCUACAGCUCAGCACUAUAACGCGUUUAAGUCUUUGGUGGACUAAAUGGCACUACGUACUGAUUUGAUUUCUAAAAUGUAAAAUCAAAACUAGUGAGGGGUGGUUGGAAGUUAAGACGCUUAUUGGGGCCCAAGUGUACCUAAUGCUUCACGCGGGGCACAACCUUUUCAAAAAGUCUUGGUACAUCCUGGGUUACACACCCUCGGAUACACCAUAUAUAAACUCAUUUUAAAAUUUUACCCCAUCUCUCCAAAAAAAACCUCCUCUGCAAUUCUUCUUUUCCAAUUCCCGCUUUCCCACUUUCCCACUCACCUCUUCUCCUCCCCCACAACCGGUUUUAUUUUCAAAACCGAUCCCAACACGUAUCAAAUACGUGUCAAAAUACGGACUUAUCAAAACCAUAAACUGCAUCUUUUGUAGGAGACUUCAUGCCUAUCUUUCGAAUUUGUUCACAUUCAUCACCAUUGUUAUCUCCAUCUGUUCACAUAAUCAAAUAAUCAGUUUACAUUAACUCAUUCAUAGAUACAACAUUCAUCUUUGUAGGUAUACAUUAUAGUAGUAGGGUAUAUAUUAACAACAUUCAUAGAUAUAAAAUAAUCUUGAUAGGUAUACAUUAACAAUAUUCAUAAAUCAAAUACGUCUUUGUAGGUACACAUUAACAACAUUCAUAGAUACAUAACUCAUUCAUAGAUACAACAUUCAUCUUUGUAGGUAUACAUUAACUCAAUGAGAAUUUCUUCAGUUGUCUAUACAUACCGACACUACUCUGUACACAGCGACAUUAGUUGUCGGUACACAUCGACACACCGACACUACCUCCAACAUCUCAUUCGUCUUCUCCCUGCUAUUCUCUUCCCCGACACAACUGUAAUCAUCCCGGCUGUCAAAUAUCGGAACUUCGUUGACACCUUGUGUCACAUGUCCACCACCUGUCCCACCUAAGUCUUCAUCCCUAGCGUUGUUUGGACCACCAUCUUCCUCGUUCCAGCCCACCAUUUCCAUCCUCCGUCGCAGCUCCAUCUUCUUCGUUCACAACUUCUGCGUUUCUUCCAUUUCCGUCGUCCGUCAUAGGUAUCUUCCAAACCUCCGUCAUUUCCGGUCACUUCUCCAUCCACCAUCAAUCAAAUAUGCUAGAAAACCAUCCAUUAUAUCUGGAAAAAGAAAAUUAAAAAACAGAGAGAAAGGUGAGAAGCAGAGAACGAAGAGAGGGAUGUGGGAGAGAAAGAAAAUGUGCGUGAGGGAUGGGGAGGGGAGGGCUGUGUGAGAGGAGGGGUAAAAGGAAGCAGUAAAAAAGAAGGUUUAUAUAUGGUGUACCCCAGGGUGUAACCCAGGGUGUACAUCAAGACUUUUUGCAACCUUUUUUAUGUGUCCCUUUUUGUUUGAAUUUUUUUAUGUGCCGUGCAUUUCAAAGGUUUGAAAUGUUCCC